AUGUACAACAACAACAACCACCAUGCCUUGCAAUUCCAAACCGUUCCGUUCUACCCUAAGUCCGAACCGAUUUUCUCGCCCGAUACGUUCAUGUUUCUCACCGAAACUUCAUGCUUUUAUGGUUCUUUCUGGGAUACCCAAUUCUCAAUUCCUUCAGUUUCGGCCUCAAAUCACCUCAAAUUCCUGAACCCACUUCCCAUUUCGGCCGAUAUUUCGGCUGACCUUUCUCGUUGUGAAAUUAACAACCAUGAACCCAAACCCGAAACGGAAAUGGAAAUGGAAAUUCCUCCUGUUCUUGAUGGAAUCGCUGCUGUUGUAGGCCAACACGUCCUUUUCGGAGGUAAGAACACAAAGAAAAGCGAAAACCACAACAAUAACAAGACCGAAAACUCGGGUUUGGGUUCCAUUUCGGAGCGUUUCGGUGCCGAGAAGAAAAACUUAUCGGGGGGUCCUCAGAAGAGCUAUAGAGGGGUGAGGAAGAGGCCAUGGGGGAGAUGGUCAGCGGAGAUACGUGACAGAAUUGGGAGAUGUAGGCACUGGCUGGGAACUUUCGACACGGCGGAGGAGGCGGCGCGUGCGUACGACGCGGCGGCGAGGAGGCUGAGGGGUUCGAAAGCAAGGACCAACUUUGAAAUCCCAUCAGUACUGCCACUAGUAGUGGCUUCAUCAUCAACCUCAACAUCUUCAUGUUCGUCUUCGGACGCUAAUAAGAGAGCUAAAAAGAAGAAAGCAGCUGGGAAGAAUGGAAGGAAGUGCUCAGUGGUGACCUCUGUGGCUCAGUUGUUCAGUUCAAAUACUGCUUUUGCUGGUAGAGAUGGGAAUAAUGUGGAGCUUGAGUUGAAGCUGGGUGUGAAUUUUGGUAAUAGAAGCAGUACUACUACCAGUACUCCAUCUACGGUUGCUUAA